AUGACGUGCCCGGAGGAGAGCUACACCUCGGUGCUCGUCACGCGCUACUGCCGCUCGUCGCCGCUGCUCAAGACGUUCUCCGAGAAGAACAAGACGAUCCUCUGGCGCCAACUGUGGAUUUGGCUGGCCGAGGCGGAGCUGGAGCUUGGGUUGAAGCAGAUCACCCAAGAAGCCGUCGACGAGCUGAAGGCCAACCGCGACAACAUCGACUGGCCGCUGGUGCGCGCCGAAGAAAGGCGGCUGAAGCACGACGUGAUGGCGCACAACCACACGUACGGAAAGAUUUGCCCGAAGGCCGCCGGCAUCAUCCACCUCGGCGCCACGUCGUGCUACGUCCAGGACAAUGCCGACCUGAUCUGCAUCCGGGAGGCCGUCGACCACAUUUUACGAAGAGUCGCCGUCGUGCUGCACCGGAUCGGCGUGUUCGCCGACAAGCACAAGGACACGGUCACAGUUGGGCGCACCCACUACCAGACGGCGUCUCUGGUCACCGUUGGCAAAAGAGCGGUCAUUUGGGCCCAAGAACUGGUACUCGCCUUCAAGCAGAUUGAACAUUUCCGCGAAACGAUCAAAUUCCGCGGGGUCAAGGGCGCCACGGGGACCCAGGAUUCGUUUUUGACGCUGUUCCAGGGAGAUGAGGAUAAGGUAGAGCAACUCGACGAGCUGGUCACGAAGAAGGCCGGCUUCUCCCAACGAUUCUUCAUCACCGGCCAGACGUAUUCUCGACAGCAGGACGCCCACCUCAGCUUUGGGCUGGCCGCCCUCGGCGCUGCGAUAAAGAAGAUCUCGACGGACAUUCGAAUCCUGCAGGCCUUCGACGAGCUGCUCGAGCCGUUCGAAAAGGACCAAAUUGGCUCGUCGGCAAUGCCCUACAAGAAGAACCCGAUGAAGGACGAGAGGUGCUGCUCCAUCGUGCGAGCCCUUCAGCAGUUGCCCGCGGAAGCCCUGUCGAUCCUAUCGGACCAAGGGCUCGAGCGCACGCUGGACGACUCGGCCGGCCGCCGUCGCUGGAUCCCCGAAGGAUUUCUGCUCGCCGACGCUGCUCUCGAUGUGUUGCAAAACAUCUUCGAGGGUCUGACCGUCCAGCGCGAGAACGUGGACGACCUCGUCGCCCGAGAAUUGCCAUUUCUCGGCCUCGAGAAGGCGAUGAUGUACUUGACGGAAGAAGGCGUAGACCGGCAACAGGCUCAUUCCGUCAUUCGUGAGACGGCCCUGGCCGCCAAGCAGCGCCAAAAGAAGCAUCCGGUCGACAUGGCCGAGAUGCUGCACGACCCCUUCUUUGAUAAGGUACGCGACCGGGUGCUGGCCCUCGUCUCCAAGCCGCUGUCGUUCACCGGGCGCUGCGUCACCCAGACGACACGCUUCAUCAAAGAAGAAAUCGACCCGCUCGUCUCCAAGCGACAAGUCCUUCGUCGGCACGAUGCCUUCUUCGUCGUUUUCCUAUCAAAUGAGGAAAGGGCGUUUCCGAUAUUCGAACAGAAAGCUUGCGAAGAAGCUCGUGACUACGUGAUUUGGGACUACCACGUGAUUCUCGUUGAGAAGGCCGACGGCGCGUCCAAGGUCUACGAUCUCGACACAACGCUCGAUUUCCCGUGCCCAUUUACCGAAUAUUGCGAAGAAUCAUUCCCCAGCGAGUGGAAAUCCCCGCCGCAAGGCGCCCGAAAGUUCCGCAUCCUUCCGGUGGCUGUCUACUUGGAGCACUUUUCCAGCGAUCGGCGGCACAUGCGCAAAGCAGACAACACGUGGAACUCGCCGCCGCCGAGCUGGGAACCCAACUUCCGCGUUGAGCUUGGCCACAACCUCGACGAGUUCAUCAGAAUGGACGCCGACUCUGCAGUAUCCCACGUCUCGACGGUGCUCGACGAAGAAGCUUUUUACGGUGGAAAUUCCCGCCGCAAUGCGCCCGAAAGUGCGAAAGGUCGAAUGAAUGAGUGUGAA